AUGAUGGAGCUAAGGGAGAUUCUAGCUGAGGAGGAGAAGGUGGUGGUGGUGGUGAAGGAGAAUUUGCUUUUGGUGAUGGAGUUGGCAUAUACACGUAACAUCGAAGGAUUUGGCAAAUUGGUCUCCAAAAUCUGGCUAAGCACUUACGCCAGGCCGCCAAUCGCGACUGCUCUCACCAUUAAAGGAACCUCCGCCAUACUUCAAGCAUCGUCUACUAAAUCCAUUUCUUCUCUAUUCCGCUUCCUCGCCUCCUCGGCUCCGAAUGUCAGAGAUUCACUCAUUGAAAUGUGGCUUUGGUAUCCGUAG